GAAACUUGUCGUUUGCAUAAAUGUGCAACAGAAGAAGUUUCUUAAGAACACAGAGGCAUAACAGUUCCCAACACUCUUCAAAAUUCAGGGACUAAUAAUUUUGCCUGCUGCUUGGUGUGAUUUUGGAAAUAUUCUGAGUGAGUUUCCCAACAAAAUCUGCGAUGCAUCAGCAUCUUUUCAUCAUCCUGUUUUGCACAGGAAUCGUCCCUUUCGUCUCGUCUGUCUCUUAUUUCAGGUAUUAUGUAGUCAAGGAUAAGAAAACAUGGAGUGAUGCUCAGGCUUACUGCCAGGCGACAUAUACCGAUCUGGCUAUCAUCAAAACUAACGACAACCUGAUCCAAAUUCAAGAUGAAGCAAACAGACAACAAUUCAUUUCCAAAGCUUGGAUUGGAGUGUACAAUGAUGUCAAUAGUUGGCGCUGGUCACUUGGAAAUAAGCCACUAGGAAAUAUGACAAUAUGGGCUCCCGGCCAGCCUAGUAACAAUCGUGGAAUGCAAAGCUGUGGUGCAAUAGCUCCUCAAGGUUGGGAUGAUAGAUACUGUACAGAUAUGACCCCAUUUGUAUGCUUCGAUGAAACGAAAAAUGGCUCUGACAGAUACAUUUACAACUCCAAAAACACAACAUGGAUAGAAGCUCAGAGUUACUGUAGACAGUAUUACACAGAUCUGGCCAGCACAAGCGAUGAAACAGAAUACACACUGAUACAUGAUAUGGCAACCCCAUUGCAAAUUCACACCUGGAUUGGUCUGUUCAGAGACUCCUGGAAGUGGAUCGACGAAACGCCUCUUUCCCUCGUCCCUUGGAAGAUUGGAAAACCUGAUAAUUUCCAGAGAAAUGAAAGUUGUGCAAUUUUGUAUCAAAAUCAACUUGAGGAUUCACUGUGCUCUGUCUUAAGGCCUUUCUUCUGCUACGAUGUCAUCAAAAAACAACAAACGGUAAAGGUGAAGAUCCAGUCUAAUCAGGACAUGAAUGAAUUCAAGACAGAAAUCUUGGAGCAGAUCAAGCUAAAACUGGUGGAAGAUGGGAUGGCAGGAAACAUCACGGUGAAAUGGAGGGUGCAAACAGAUGGAGCAGUGUUUCACAAGGAGGAUGCAGAAAAUAAUAAUGCCGGAGACAAAGAUAAAUGUAUUCCAUAAGUGUGAAAUCUGGGAUAAUCUGGAAAACUGGAAUGACGGGAAAACUUCUACACUCUCUCUUUAUGAUAAUGCUGUAGACUAUAGUUAUAUAGUUCUGUCUUGAUGUCACCAAAAUGACGAUGGAUUCCCCUUUUGAGUCUGGUUCCUCUCAAGGCUUCUUCCUCUUAACAUCUAAGGGAGUUUUUCUAUGUCACAGUCACCA